AAAAAUCCAAGAUGGCAGGAGACGGUGACCGAGAGAUGGUCCUCGCAAACUUUCAGAGUAUAACGGGAAUCGAGAAUUUGGAUGAAUGUAUUACACUCCUGGACCAUCACAAUUGGGACUUGACGGCAUGUGUGAAUUCAGUCCUAGCCGACGAGACGGAUUCGCCUUUACGCAUGCCAGAUGCUCCUGUACCCAAUGCUACUUGGGGUACAGACCAGUUUUCAGGUGGUGCUACGAUAUCAUCAGUUUCUGUUGGGGAGGUUAUUGGAAAUGCAAUCCCUUUACAGCCAUCCUCAAGAAGAAUAAAGUUUCUGAUUGAGUGGAAAGAAAGAACUAUUCCAAUUGUGUUAGAUGAGACUGAAACUAUAGGUACAAUCAAGCGAAUGCUAGAGAUGCAGAUUGGUUUACCAAUGGACCAACAAAGUCUUUUAGGAUGGCCACACCAUCUGCAGAUAAGUGAUGAGAGUGUACUGAGCACUUUAAACUUAAGAGAGGAGACAGCCCUGGUUUUGAUGAGCUGUGUGGUGACAGAGACACCUAAAGAAAGUCAACCAUGCUCUUUCAAAAGAAGUAUGAAUGGUGAAACUAGCUCAUCCUCAAGAAGCUGUAACUCACUGGAAAAGAUCAUGUUAAACAUUCAGUUUGGAAGUAGCGAAUUCAACUUACCUUAUGCUUUAACAAAGACUAUAGGAGAGGUUAAGGCUGAUAUUCUCUCAUUGUCUGGUGUUCCAUGUAGACAUCAGUGUUGGUCAGGCUGGCCUGAUGGUGUCACUGAUGAAAUGAGCCUUGCAGAAGCAAAUCUGUCAUUUCCUGUGCACAGCUUAAGAAUGAAUAAUGGAAGGGAGGAUGGUCCUUCCAAAGUCAGAGAGACUAGAAAACCUAAACAAAAGCAUGCAGAUGUUGAUAUGGAUGGGAAUGACAGCAGUGACAAUGAAGAUCCUUCUUUUCACGUUGAUGAUGAUGAUGACAUGUUUUGUGAUAUUCCAACAUCUAGAAGACAAAUUAGUACGAUGUUGAAAGAAAACUGUACAGACACUGCUGAAAAUUUAGUUAAGUUUACAGCUCAGUUUGAAGAAAGGUAUGGUGAAAUACAUCCUCAUUUUUACAUGGGUCCACUUACGGAAGCUAUACAGGAAGCUGGUGGAGCCUCAGCUAAAGAGAGGAGACCGUUACUUCUUUAUUUACAUCACGAUGGUAGCAUCUUAACAAAUGUAUUUUGUAGCCAGUUGAUCUGCUCGGACACUAUUGUGAACUACAUCAGUGGUAAUUUUGUCGUGUGGGCCUGGGACAUGACUCAUGAUACAAACAGAACAAGAUUCUUGGACAUGGUGACGCAGCACUUUGGUAGUGUGGCCGCUAGCACUGUCAGGGGGUUUGGGGCCGAGCAGUAUCCUCUUCUUCUAGUUGCUAUGAAAAACAGAUCAGCGAUGGAGAUUUGUUCAGUUCUUCAAGGUACUGUUACCCUUGACGAGCUCAUGACAGGUUUAAUUAGCGCACACGAGACAUUCCAACAAGCCAUGGACGUUGAAAUUAGGGAAGAGGAAGAAAGAGAAGCGAGGGAAUUGGUAAAGAGAGAACAGGAUGAAGCAUACCAGGCCUCGCUCCGUCAAGACAGAGCUAAGGCGGAAGAGAAAAAAAGGCAAGAAGAGGAAGAAAUGCUGUCGAAAAAACUGCACGAAGAACAAGCGCUUCACGAAGCGCAGCUGAAAGAGGCUCAACGGUUGUCUCUGAUGGAUCACCUUCCUGCAGAGCCUGGGUCUGAAUGUACAGCUCCAGUUUCCAAUCUCCGAUUUAGGCUGCCUAAUGGUGAUACUGUGACACGAAGAUUCCUGGCCAGCAAUCCACUCCAGGUUGUGUUAACGUUUGUACAGACAAGAGGUUUCCUAGACAGUGAAUAUAAAGUAGUGACAAAUUUUCCACGGAGAGAUCUGUCGGCUCUGGAUACAACAGAAUCACUACAAUCCAUUGGACUUUAUCCUCAAGAGACAAUUUUUGUUGAAGAGCGCUAGUCAUCUUGUUAUAUACCUGAAAAGAAAAUGUAAUAUAGAGAGUUAAAGAAGUGGGAUGUCUGAGGCCCGAAAUGUUGGGUAACCUGUUCUUGACGUCUGAGCCUGAGGAAACCAGGAACUCGAAGGAAGGAACAAGGACAAAGGAAAGAAAAACACCAAUAAUUUUCGAACUAUGUCUCCAUUUUUCAGAACAAUGAAGCCCAAAAGGAUUGAAAGGUCAAGAUGACAGGGUCGUGAUUACUUCAUGAACAAUCAUGUCAAAUUGAAUAUACAUGCCUUGGACUAAUAAGCUUUAUGGUCACAGGAAGAAAGUUUUGCGUCGAAAUUGUUCGCUUAUAUUUUCAAAUUUUUAAAUUAAAUUAUAUUUAAUUGAUAGAAAAAGAUAUUUUUGUGGUUCGGUGUCUGUA